AAAAAAACUAUGACAUGUUGAAAACUUAAACUCUUUUACUCUGUUUCUUUGUCUCUGCCACCGUUGUGACGCAUUGAAUCUGUAGUUUGUGACAAAAGGUUUCGCCUUUUAUCCCCAAUUCUCCACUCCACCGCCGUCGCCAACCGUCACCAACUUCUACGGAGCUUCUUCUCAUUCUGAAACAAUCAAACCAAAGGGCAAGGCUACAAAGAUGAGAUCUACUCUCCCCGGACUCCACUUGAUGGGAGCCUUGUGCAUUGGCUGCCCCUAAUUAAAUAAUGACAUGAACACUUCAUUUCGCAAAUGGAAACCUCAAAUUCUCGUACACGUCCCUUCAUUUUUUCCAUGGCCUUUUUUAUGGCAUGCAUACUUUCCUUAAAAGCUGAUCACUCCUUCACAAUGCGAAGGAGUUGUCAGAUUUUAAGGAAAAGUGUUUGGCAUAGAAAAGGCCAUUGAAAAAAUGAAGUCACGUGUAUGAGAAUUUGAUAUUUCCAUUUACAUAAUGAAGUGUUCAUGUCAUUAUCUAAUUAAUGGCCAGACUACAAUUUUUAUGGUGAUACUUAGUUUAUGUCUCGACUCUUAAAGUGAAUGUGACUUUGCUUUUUUCAUUUGUAAUCUGAACAUCCUUGGUCGUGUAGUCCUUUGAUGCUAGACCAUUUUGUCUAUGACUUGAAAUAAUUGUCCUUCAGUGAUCUCAUUGUGUUGCUGCAUGGAACAUAAUGAAUCAGUAGGUUAUAUGUUUGUAUAUCUUUCAUUUUUAUGGUAGUGAAUUCAAUGACUCUGAGUAUGCUUAUCAAAAAAAAAAAAUGACUCUGAGUAUGAUAAGUUGUAUCUUUUAUAUGCAUAUCAUAUUUACUAUAAUAUAAAGGAUGAUGAGGAUUAUUUAUUACCAACAAACUAAUUGGUGCCAGAAUAUGAUUGAGAUAUGGUGUUGGCUAAGCUAAUCAAUUUAAUGAUGGGAUCUUUUUUUGAAAACUUAGGGCCCAUUUAAUGGCCUAUUCUACAGGGAUUUGUGGGCCUUUUGGCCCAUGGGCUUUUCUAUGGCUACAAUUUUUUACUUGAUUCACAAGAUCAUAGUUGAGUCGUGUGAUGUGGGCUAAAUUGACAAUUCUACUUGGAUUUUGUAAUUAUAUACUCUGGUAACUUUGCCUUUGUUCUGUGCCUUAAUCCAUGUCUCCCUAAGCUGUCAAUUUCUAUGCUUGGAUUCAUGCACUUGGUUGGUUAUAUAUAAGUCUUUUUUUAUCAGCAAGGUUAUAUUAUAAGUCAUUUGAUAAAUUGAUAUACUUACUUUCAGUCUUGGAUUUUAGUCUUAAAAAAAGUAGGAUAUAAUUUAGGUGGCAUGUUGUAAUAUACUGAAUGCUUGUUCUUAUACAUUCUAUUGCACAGGUGAAUUAGUGGGUGCCUCAAGCGCUUAUGUUCCCUUCAUUGGAGAUAUAGAAGAGUACUAAAAAGCACAAGAAUCAUCGACACAAAAUGCUUCAACACCAAAUUGUGCAGUCCCCUGCUAGGCUAGGCCUAACAAACCCUAACUCACCAUUGAUUCCAAACCCUACCCCUCCAAAGCUCCCUCCUUUACAGACCACUCAUCACCACCAAGACCGCCAUACAGCAGCCCCUUCUGCUGCUCUACUCUCUCUUCUCCCACCCCUCCCUAGAGCACAAGCACUUCUUGUUCAAAUGGCUUCCUUAUCUUCGAAGCUCUUUGAAGUAUCACCCAACAAGUCACUUUGGGUUAGUGCAUUCCGUGGAUCACUCCCAACCUUCCUUUCUUCCCAAGGCCAACCACAUUCUUCUGCAUCACUCGAUUCUUCUCCUUCUUCCAUCAAAGAAAUCCUUUCACUUUUCUCCAUCCUUCAAAUCCAAAUCUUUGAAGCUGUUUCCGAACUCCAAGAAAUUCUUGAUCAACAAGAUGCCAAGCAGAAGAUCGACCAGGAAAUUUGCUCAAAAGAUUCGUCACUUCUUGCAUUUGCCAACAAACUCAAAGAUGCUGAGAGGGUACUUGACAUUCUUGUUGAUGAUUACUCUGAUUAUCGAAGCAACACCAAGAGAUUAAAAUUAGGAGAUGGAAGUGAAGAUGAUUCUUUGACUACCUCUUCAGUAUCUUCUAAGCUGAAGUUGUCAGAUAUAUUAUCGUAUGCGCAUCGAAUAAGUUAUACAACCUUUGCACCACCAGAAUUUGGAGCAGGGCAGGCUCCUCUCCGCGGUGCACUUCCACCUGCACCGCAAGACGAGCAAAUGAGAGCUUCACAGUUAUAUAAUUUUGCAGACCUUGAUAUUGGAUUACCCAAAGAAGUUGAUACAAAGGAGAAAACAAUUGAGGCUAUUAUUGAGCCUCCACCUCUACAGCCUGUGGAUACCAAUUCACUUGCAAAUUUGCCUGGAAUUCAAGGACUGCUACCCCCAAAUUUUACUAUUCCACCUGGCUGGAAGCCUGGAAUGCCUGUACAAUUGCCUAUUGAUAUACCAAUUAAACCCCCAGCUGGGUGGAAACCAGGGGAUCCUGUGGCGUUGCCUCCUAUGGAUUCCCUUCCAGUACAAAGAUUUGACGAACAACAGUUACGCCCUCAUGUUCCUCAGCUAAAGCAGCCAGAAAUUAUUCAAGUGGCACCAGUUAAUUUGGAUCUUGGAGGAAGUGAUAGUAGUGAUUAUAGUAGUGAUGAUGCCAGCACUGAUGAUGAAGAUUGAGCUGGUCUUGAAAACUAUCUUCUCGAAUCGGUUAAUGUACAGAUCAAGCGCAGGAGGGCCACAUUUAGCAGGGUAAAAUGCUGAGAAGGCUAAGCAGCUGGGAAAGCAGUUCAAGCAUACUUGGUCAUCUGGCUAUAUCGCUCAAUUUGAGAACAUAACCCAUUGUCCAUUAACAACCAACCGAUUUUCUUUAUUUACUUAUUAUACUUCUUCAUUUCAAACUCAAUGGCAGCAGAAGAUUAAUGUAAUUAGUUCAUUCUGACAUUAUGUUUGUAACUAUUAUUCUCAUGGUUUCUGGAUUUUGUAUAGAGGCUAAUGAGUUUAUUGUCUUGGUGUGAUAAACAUCCAAAUAAAAGAAAUAAUAGGCUGAUGGUUUCUUUAUUA